UUGUGGAUCAUGUUGGUGAUCUGAGAAGUGGACUUUACAGUGCAAGAAUCAAGAUCGAGGAGGAACACGGAGACAGAUGGUAUAAUUUUGAUGAUGCUGGAGUCACAGAGCUUGAUUAUCAACCAUUCCAGGUGGACAACACUGAGAAAUCUGAAAAUGCAUAUCUUCUUUUUUACAGAGAGAAGAAAUACAAUGUUGGUGAAGAGGUCAAGGAGAUGGAACGGCUGUCCCUGACAGCAGACCAUAAAAGCCACACAGAUUAUCAGGGUGGUGAAGGAUCAGGCGAUUCUAGAAAGGAUACUGGAGAAUAUGGGGGAGGUAGACAAAAUAUUGGAAAUGAUGACAGCUCUAAAUCUAUAAGUGUCGAAGCUGAUAACGUAACGACAGGACAAAGAAACCUGUUAACUAGAUAUGACCUCUUUCAUGGAUCUCAGGACACCCAAACAGGCAGUGACAGAAUACAAAUCAUACCCAAAGAUAAUCAGAUGAGUGAACAGAGGCGCAUUAGCAGGUUUCUUAAUGAACCAAUAGAAGAAGAUGUGAUGGGUAAAGUCAGUGAUCAUGAUGUUACACAUUCAGCACAUAAAGAAACACAGAGGAGGAGUGUGAGGAAUGACAGGAAAGACACGAAAGAAGCUGAUAAAUACAUUCAAAUGAGUGAAAUCACCAUUGAAAAUCCUGACAACAGUGAAGCUGUGAAGCAUGAGGUUAGCAUGAGAUUAGAUGGUAGAGGGCAGAAAACAGCUGAGAAGAUUAUCAGUGUUACCCGUACAUCACAAAGUGUUGGUGGUGUGCAGAUACAGAGCAAAGAACAGAAAAAUGAAUGUGACACCAAACUGAAUCAGAGUGAGGGAAAUAAGAUAACAAAGGAAAGACUAACAGAGAAGCAGGAAGGAGGCAGUGAUGAAAAUAUAGAACUGGAGUGUUUUCAACCAAAAGCAAGAACUGGACCUCAGCAACUUACAGAAGGAGGACGUGGUUCAACGAACUCAAGUCCUAUUGUUAAAGUAAUUGACGAAGAACAUACAGAAAUUGAUAGUGCUUGUAAAGACGACAGUCAGACAAAGAUCGUCAUAAAGAAAACUACGGAUGAAACCACACAAGACAUGACAAAAUGGAUAGAGAGUCAAAGAAAUAUUAGAAGAAGUUUAAAUCUUGAAAUAGAUGAAGAGGUCACUUUGGACAAAACGUUUUAAAUGUCAGCAAAAUACAAAUUUUCAUUCAUGAAUAUGAUUGAUACUAAAAUUACAGUGUUAUAAUACUGCUCAUUUUUCCACUGUUGUUUUUAAAAAAUGUAGCUUUAGCAUUGUGUUUCUCUCUUUUUCAUUCUUUUUAACAACUACUUCUGUUAAUGCAAAAUGCUUAAGUUACAAUUUAUUAGAGGACUUAUUUGGUGUAAAAUUUUUAAAUGCUACACCAAAUUGUUUCAUUUUUUAUACAGUCUUGUAGUGUAUCAUCUAUUUCAUUUUAUUUUCACAUUUGUUUGGUUAAAAAUAUUUCAGUGUAAACUUUUGUGUGUUUAUAUGUUUAAAGCCUGAUUUUAAUUGCAGUAUUACUUGAUUACUUUUCAAUCUGCUGUUCAUUUCCUUUUUCAGCAUUGCAAUGUAUUGUGUUCUUCAGCAGAGCCCUCUGAGCUCAUCUGUUGCCAUUUCUUUGCCAUUUAUAUAUUGAUUUGCUUAACUUUGGCUCUGAAUUAAUAAAAUAAAAUACAUG